AAUACACAAGUUCUCCAUUUAGUGAUUAUUAUACAAGAGGGAAUAAAAAACUAAUCGUUUUUUUAUUAAUUUUAAUACACUCAAUUACUUAUUGUUCAGAAUAUUUAUUUCCAUCGUAAAUUCCAAGUGUUUAAUAUACAUCUUCGACAAUCUCGUUUCAGUGUCGACGAAAUUUGUUUAUUUGUACGAUAUUAGCGAUUUGGUUUCAGUUUAUUUACUUAUUUUUACACAAUGUUAUGGAAACUUUUUAUUUGUUUUAAAUUGUUGGCCGUCGCGCAAGCGUAUCGGAUUUUGAUCGUUUGUCCAAUGGCGGCACGAAGCCAUUUUAUACUUGCGAAUACGUUAGGAAGGGGAUUAGUCGAAGUUGGACACGAAAUAACGAUGAUAAGUCCUUUCAGAGAUCCAAAACCGCUUCAAAACUACACGGAUAUUGUUCUAACCGGUUUACUCGAAGCUAAAGAAAAAAAUUCUGCGCGUUUAUGGGAUUUGGAAACAAUAUCUCCGUACAAAUUUAUAAAUAUGAUGAAUUCUAUUGGUGAAAAAAUCGUAAGGGACGUAUUCGCCCAUCGGAAUUUUCAAAAUUUCAUCGACGAUUCCAAUCAAAAAUUCGACUUGAUAAUCGUACAAAAUUUCAGAACGGACGCUUUGAACGUCCUUCAAUGUCAUUUCGACGCUCCCCUCGUAACGCUCGCGAUAAGCGAAGCGAAUUUUUGGGUAAAUCCGUUAGUAGGUAAUCCGUCCCCGCCGUCUUAUAUUCCCGAUAUAUUCGUCGGGUAUUCCAGCCGUAUGAAUUUCUGGGAACGAUUAAUCAAUACCGGAUUGAUAUUAGUUAAUUACAUUUAUAAUUACAUUGAUUUUAUUCCCGGUCAAAAACGUUUGAUGCGUCAAUAUUUCCCGCACUGUACUAACCGCGACGACAUUUUGAAAAACGUUUCGUUGGUAUUUUUACCGGCUCACGAAAGUUACAACCAGCCCGUUCCCCUGGUACCCAACAUGAUAAACGUCGGGGGAUUUCACAUAAAACCUCCGAAGGAACUACCUGGAGAUCUGAAGGAGUUUAUGGAUGCAGCUGCAGAGGGCGUUGUUUAUUUUAGUAUGGGUUCUAACCUCAAUAUGACACUAAUAAACAAACAAACGGAAAAGGAUAUUUUACAAGCUUUGGGAAAACUUAAACAGAUGGUGCUGUUUAAACAUAACGACGUUCUGGAAGAUGUACCGUCGAAUUUUAAAGUUGGUAAAUGGUUUCCGCAAUCCGAUAUUUUAGCGCAUCCGAAUACGAUAUUGUUUAUCACUCACGGAGGAUUGUUGAGCACUUUGGAAACGAUACAAUAUGGUGUUCCAGUGCUGGCUUUACCGGUUUUCGCCGACCAAAAGACAAACGCAGCCAAAGCCGAAACGGCCGGUUACGGUUUGAUCAUUCCGUUUUUAGAAAUUAGCGAAGAACGUCUAACCGCGACUAUCGACGAAUUAAUAACGAAUCGAAGAUACCGUGAGAACGCAAAAGCAAAGUCGGUUAUUUCGCGAGACCGUCCAGUGAAACCGAUGGAUUUGGCAAUUUAUUGGACGGAAUAUGUAAUUAGACACAAGGGGGCGCCCCAUUUGAGAGUGGCUGCUAUGGAUCUAACGUUGAUACAGUAUCUUCUGUUGGACGUUGUAGCGUUCGUUAUUUUCGUUGUAAUUACUGUAUUUUUAUUUGUAUUUAUUACGUGUAAGAAAUUUUUUUUGUUUCGUGUAAAUAAAAUAAAAAAAGAAUGAGAAAAAUAUUGAAA